ACGUCACUGCCGUUUUCUUUGCGUUGUUGCCGGAAAGCAGGAGGCUCAGCGGCGUCGUGGAAGAAAGGUUGGGAAAUGGCGCUGCUGGUGAGGGACCCGCUGAGCUGUGGGGCACGGCUGGUGCCGUUGCCUGCGGAAGACCGGUCGGUUCGGGGUUUGCUUCGUGCGCGCUGCCAGGCUCAGGGCGUUCCUGAAGAUCACUUUUACAUAAAGUGCAAUGGCCGCUGUGUUAAUUCAGAAGAUGAGCUGCAAGAUGGUGGUGUUUACAGCCUGGAACCAAGACUGUGUGGUGGAAAGGGAGGUUUUGGAUCCAUGCUCCGGGCACUUGGUGCUCAAAUAGAGAAAACAACAAACAGAGAAGCUUGCAGAGAUCUCAGUGGGAGAAGACUUCGAGAUGUAAACCAUGAAAAAGCGAUGGCUGAGUGGGUGAAGCAGCAAGCAGAACGUGAAGCAGACAAGGAACAAAGACGUUUAGAAAGACUGAAACGCAAACUUACUGAGCCAAAGCACUUUUUCACUAAUCCAGACUAUCAGCAGCAAUGUCAUGAGAUGGCAGAGAGGCUGGAGGAUUCUGUCCUCAAAGGUAUGCAGGCUUCUUCCAGCACAAUGGUAUCACCAGAAAGUGGCGAGAGUCAAAAACGAUUAAAUGAGCCUGAAAAGGGAGCACCAUCAAAAAAGAAAAAAUGUUUGUGGUUGGGCAUGGAAGGAUUGGAGGAUUCAGAGGAUAGUUCACAAAGCAGUGAUGACAGUGAAGAUGAUCAGUCUCCUAGUACAUCAGGAAGUUGCUCAGCAUCCACUGGCAACCAUAUCCAAAUGGAUGAUGGAACAGAACAAUGUCCCAGCAGUUCUGAGGAUUCUGUAAGCUGUAAUUCAGUCUCUGACACAGCUGAACAAUUGCAGACACAAGAGGAAGAUGAUAAAAGUGGUCUGGCCGAAGAUCCACCUACUAAUGAAACUGCAGCUAAUGAAAACCAUGAAGCAGACCGGACCCCAAAUGAGGAAAAGGAAGCAAAGGCAUUAAGUGCUGAGAAAACCGUGAGCCAGUUGCAGGACACUGAGACACCAACAAUAGAUCUGCUGGCAUUCAGUUCUGUUGCUGAAUUGGAAGUCCUGGGACUAGAGAAAAUGAAGUUUGAAUUGAUGGCUUUGGGACUAAAAUGCGGAGGCACUUUACAGGAGAGAGCAGCCCGGCUGUUCUCUGUGAGAGGUCUGUCUAGAGAUCAGAUUGAUCCUGCCUUGUUUGCUAAGCCCUCAAAAGGGAAAAAGAAGUAAAAGCCAGCAGUGGAAUUCCUUCUUACAUCGUUCAGAUUUGCUUAGAAGAAAAAGAAGCAAAUUUCUUCAAGAUUUUUUCAUAUUGUGCUGUUUUGUGUCAUGGUGUUUUCUCACAGAAGUGAGGAUGCAUUUAUAUGUUCUUUAAAUACAAUUCUUAUAGAAACUAUUUAUGAUUGUAUGCCAGUGUUUCAAGUGAAAAUUGGAAUUGAUUGUCAGCAGAUUUUACCUUACUUUUUGAUUUUUGUAGAAAUUCCCCUGUAAUAUACUGAGCGGCAAGUGGUUUGCUUGUUCAUUCAUUCCUUCAAGGAGGCAUAUUUGAAUUCUCAUAAAGUUGGGGAAUAAUAUGGGUAGGGAUCAAAUUACAUGUUAUGACCUAAGAUUCUAAAUUAUAUAUUAAGAAAAAUUAAAGUAACAUGGCUUCCUAAAACCCAAUUAAGGUGCAAGAUUGAUAUUAACUGAAUAGUUUUUGCAAGAAUACAGACAGAUAAGGACUGCUACUCAUCACCUUGGGGAAGGGUGAUCUUCAGGCAGGUUCUGUGGACACCUUGUGAGUAGACCUUGCUGGAUUCCCUUAACAAGCAACGAUUGAACCUUUAAAGUUUUGAUAAAUUGUGUAUGAACUAAAAGUGUCUACUAUUUCUAUUUUUUAAAAUAAAAACUAUGUUGCAUAGAUAGACAAACAA